UUUUUUUUUAAGGCAGCUUUUCUUCUCCUUUUAUUUCUCUCUCUCUCUCUUUCUCUUUAAUAAAGAAAAAGUAAUUUUCUAAACUUUAAUAAUGCCUCUUGAAAAUAAUGAAAAGAAAUUUUCAUCUCCUAAAGUUAAUUUAGCAACCAAAAUUAAACCAACAAUAGAUAAUAGCAGUGAUAGUGAGGAUGAUAUUCCUUUAGCUCAACGAAAUCAUUCUAUUCCCAAGAACACCACUAUAGCCUCUAAAGCUAUUGACGAUAGUGAUGACGACGAUAUUCCACUCUCUCAGCGUAAACUAAAAACAGAAUCACGCGUUAAAAAAGAAAAUGCAAGCAGUGAUGAUGAUGAUGAUAUUCCUUUAUCUCAACGCAAAUUGUCUCCUAAAGUUAAGAAGGAGCCAAAAGAGAAAAAAAUUAAAGUCGAGUCUAUGGACAUUGAUAUGCCAUCUCGAAAGAGACCUUCAGAUUCUAAAACGUCAACUAAACGCGAAAAGAAGGUAAAAAAGGAAGAAGAUGAUCCCAGUUUUUAUAAAUGGUGGGAAGAGGAACAGAGUGAGCUUGAAAAUGAUGGUUCAAUUAAAUGGACUACACUCCAGCAUAAUGGCGUUCUCUUUCCUCCUGAAUACGUUCCUCAUGGCGUCAAAAUGAAAUAUGAUGGUAAACCUAUCACACUUACUCCUGAGGCUGAAGAAGUAGCCUCUUUUUUUGCAGCCCUUUUGGAGACUGAUCAUGCUAAAAAUCCUGUAUUUCAAAAGAAUUUUUUUGAGGAUUGGCAGCAAAUUUUGAAAAAGGAUCCAAAGAAUCCUGAAAUAACCGAUUUUAAUAAAUGUGAUUUUAGACCUAUUUGGAAUAAGUUCGAGGAAGAUAAAGAAAGAAAGAAGAAUAUGACAAAAGAAGAAAAAUUGAAAAUCAAAGAAGAGAAAACGAAAGCAGAGGAGCCUUUUCUUUAUGCUAUUGUUGAUGGUCGUAAAGAAAAAGUUGGUAAUUUUAGAAUUGAACCUCCAGCAUUAUUUCGUGGUCGUGGUAGUCAUCCAAAAACUGGUAAACUUAAGACUAGAGUUAUGCCUGAGCAAGUAACAUUAAAUCUGGGUGUGGAUGCUCCUAUCCCUGAGCCUCCUGCAGGACAUAAAUGGGCUUCUGUUGUUCAUGACCAAACAGCUACUUGGUUAGCUACUUGGAAAGAAAAUGUGAAUGGUUCCAUUAAAUAUGUUUUCUUGGCUGCUAACUCUACUUGGAAGGGUCAGAGUGAUAUGCAAAAGUUUGAAAAAGCUAGAGAAUUGAAGAAACAUGUCAAACGAAUUCGUGAGAAUUAUACAAAAGAAUUAAAGGAUAAAUUGACUGAAGUACGUCAACGUGCUACAGCCAUGUAUUUGAUUGAUAGGUUAGCUUUAAGAGCCGGUAAUGAAAAGGGUGAAGAUGAAGCAGAUACAGUAGGCUGUUGCUCUCUUCGUUACGAACAUAUCACAUUAGAGCCUCCAAAUACAUUGCAUUUUGAUUUCUUAGGUAAAGAUUCUAUUCGAUAUCAGAAUUCAGUUCAAGUCGAUCCUCAAGUCUAUAAAAAUAUUAAUAUUUUUAAGAAGCAAGUGGGUCAUGGUCAUAUGAUCUUUGAUCGUCUUACGACAUCUGAUCUUAACCGUUACUUGAAUUCUUGUAUGAAGGGUUUAUCAGCUAAAGUAUUCCGUACUUAUAAUGCAUCUAUCACAUUCCAACAACAGGUUGAUCUUUUAACAAACUCUGACGAUUCAAUUGCUAACAAGCUUUUAUCAUACAAUCGAGCUAAUCGUGAAGUCGCGAUUCUCUGUAACCAUCAAAGAUCUGUUUCAAAAACUCACGAGCAGACCAUCUCACGAAUUAGUGAUCGUAUUCGACAACACAAAUAUCAGCGCAUGAAGCUUCGAAAACAACUUUUUACUCUUGAUCCCAAAAUGAAAAAGAAUCCUCGAUAUGCCGAGAUGGAAUCCGAUCUUGAAGACGAUUGGAUUGUUGACUACGAAGAAAAGCUCGUUGAAAAGGAAAAAGAAAAAAUCAAGUCGAAAUUUGAAAAGCAAAAUGAAAAGUUAGUUGCCGAAAAUCAACCACGUAUGCCCUUAUCCCAGCUUAAAGAGAAUUUAAAAGCGGCUGACGAGUUAGAAAAGCGUUUAAAGAAGGAACGUAAGAUGGCAACGAUUGAACCUAAAGCAAGUAUGACAGUUGAGAAACUUAUUUCCCAAAUUCAAAAAGUGGAUGAUCGUAUACAUGCUACGAAAAAUCAAAUUACAGAUAAAGAAGAGAAUAAAGAAGUAGCUCUUAGUACUUCUAAAUUGAAUUACAUUGAUCCUCGUAUUACUGUUGCUUGGUGUAGAAAACAUGAAGUACCUUUAGAGAAAGUUUUUAGCAAGACAUUAAUAGACAAGUUUAGAUGGGCACAAAAUAUACCUGAUGAUUGGAAAUUUUAAAAAUACAAAUAAUACGUGUAUCUUUUCUCUCUCUCUGUUUUU